UAUAUAUAUAUAUAUCCCGUUGUUACCUCCUCCGAUUGCCGUGAAUAAUGACUGAUAUUCGAGGACUAUGCUUAUUGUUGUUCAAUUCAAAUUACCGACUCCUGCGUUGUUGCUAGUAUACUGUAUCAGCUGACUUCUCAAAUCUAUUUAUUAACAGCUAAAUUUCUCCCUACUAGCUACCGCGCUAUUUCUGAUGAUAUCAAUUUCAGUGGUAAAAAUAAUCAGAAGAUGUACGAUUGACUGAAGUACAUGAGGAGUUAGUUUGGUCCCCUUCCCAUUCAUUAACAGUUCAAGAGAUCGAUAUGUUUUGUUUAUUAGCCAAAGCCGUUGGCACAUACGGUCGUGCACAUGAUACUUCAUCAUCUACUAGACAACCACUUCUACUGAGUGCUACAGCUUCAGCUGCACGUGAUAUAACUCGUCAACAUGCGCAUGAUAUACUUCAUGAAGCCAACUACGACUUGAAUAAGGCCAUAAAUCUUCUAUUACCUGGCGGUCAACCUAUUAUUUAUCGUGAUCAAUUAGAAGAUUGGUCUGCAAAUGAAACAAAUAUAUUUGAAGAAGCAUUAGAUAAAUAUUCGAAAGUAUUCACAGAUAUACUUUCUAAUUGCUUACCAUGGAAAACUCAUAAAUCAAUAGUUGAACUUUAUUAUUUUUGGAAAACUACAGAUCGUUAUGUUAGACAACGUCGAACUAAAUUAGCUGCUCAGGAACAUAAAUUAAAACAAGUUUAUAUUCCAAAUUAUAAUAAACCUAAUCCAGCUGUAUUAUAUCAUAAUACGGAUAAAACAAUUAAUCGACCAUGUGAAGGAUGUGGAUCAUUAAAUUCCCCUCAAUGGUAUGCAUGGGGUCCAUCGAAUGCUAACUCUCGUCUAUGUACUGAUUGUUGGUCUUAUUGGAAACGUUAUGGUGGUUUGAAAAGUAUCGAAUCUAAAGAGCGUCCUACUACAACCUUACGCACUCAGCAACAGUUAAACAAUUCAACAGUUGAAACUAAUUCAAAAUCUGGUGGUCCUAUUAACAUUACCGGAUCAGUGAAUCAUCAAUUCAAAUCUCAUUCUAUUGGCUUAUCAAGUGGAGCUUUAGAUGGUGGUGACACUGAUACAUAUACAAAUGACCAUCAUCAUAAUAAUAAUACGUCUGCUACAAACACGACUAAUAAUGCUAAUCUUUCCGUUGCUAAUACACGCAUACUUUGUCCAAAUCUUGUUCAACCUCUACGUUUAGCUCGACAUCCUGGUGGAGUACCAGAAAUUUUCUCAUCUAAGCAACAGGUUCAACAUGAAAGCGAAUGCAAUGAAUCUAAUCUAACAGGGAUGGAUAAUUUAUCUGAAUCUAAUAUGAUGUUGAUGUAUGCAACACUGAAGGCUGCUGCCCAGCCGAUAAUAGCACGUAUACACGAUCCAUCAAUUUUAUUGACUCGACCACGGAGAGCACGACGCUUAAAUGAUGUGAUUGAUUCAAUGGCUUCACGUAAAGGUAUUGUGUUUCAGCCAUUAGAUCUAUCAUCAACUUUAAAGUUAUCAGUUGCAAAUGGUCCUGUUUACGAUCGUAAACGUCCUCAUUCACCUAUCUCUAUAAAUGCACCAUCUUCAAAAAAAUUACAUGAAACUGACGAUAAAGUAAAUAAGAGUAAAAACUCGUCAAUGUUGACAGAAAAUAUCACAAGUGAAAAAUGUUUAACUAAUGGAAAAAGUACGGCAUCUGUUAUGGGCACUAGUCCGUUUAUUACUAAGUCCGAUUGUUCUUUUUCAUCCGCCUCCACUGCUGUUUCACCCAGGCCAAAAAAAUCAGCAUUAACAACUGAUCCUAGUUUAAUUAAUCAGAAUUUGAUUUUAACUAGUAAUGGAAUUUCUACUGAUGACAGAACAACAAUCAUAUCGAAAUUUGAAUCGGAGCUAAUUCAGUAA